AUGGCUCCUACGACGAGCGAGACUCCGGCCAGCCUAGACGGGCCCGCCGACGACCACGACUGCAUCGAAGUACAGAUGGCUAGUCAGAAGAACGAGAGACAACCUGAUCCCCUACUUGAGGGACGAACGACAAUGCAGAGACCGUUAGAAGAGACGGCUAGAGUGGGCCGCGACUUCCAGGUCCCCCAGAAACUGACAACAGACUUGCACGAGCUCCUCCUUACGGAUUCCGACCAGGACCUCGUCCAGCAGUUCGCACACACCGUCCUUGCCGCGCAGGAGAACCCUACCCCCUUUACAGCAAAGACAGGCCGCACGAGCGGGACCCUAGACGCGGCCUGGGUGAAAAGCGUCAUCGCGAAUGCGAAACAUGAGGGUCUUGCUAGGGAACUGCAACACUUAGUCAACGAACAGAAGGUUGCCCGUCAGAUCCUCGAACGAGCCCUCGCGAACCAGAAGGAGCUAGGCCGUCAGGCUAGAGCUCGCCAGCAAGAUCUUAUGGAUUACACGGACCAGAUCCCCCGGACCCGGCACAAUACAAUCAAGAUCAAGGACCCGGAGCCCUUGGACAAUGGAUCGAAUCCGCGUUACGCUGACUGGAAGGCAGCAGUGGAGCGGAAGAUGGAAUUAAACGCCUACUUCUUUCCCGACGAAUUCGCUAGGAUUACGUGGAUCGCGACCCUUAUCAAGGGACAAGCGCACGAGGUCCUAGCGCCCUACCUCGCGAAACAGGACGACCUCGAGAUCAGAUCCGUGGGUCAGAUCUUCGAGCUCCUUGGGUCAGUUUACGAUAACAAGAGCCACAAGUGGGAGGCGAGGCAGCGGCUGGAUAGCCUGAAAAUGAAACAAGGGGAGUCCUUUAUCGACUUCGCAGCGAAGUUCGUAACCCUUGCGACAAAAGCAGGACUCCAUGACCGAGACCGGAUCACAGAGCUUCACAAGAAGCUCACCGGUCGGAUCCGCCUAAACAGCCAAGAUAUCUACGAGCGGUACGAGGAGCUUACGUUUGCUCAAUAUCGUGACCGGAUGACUGCCCGGUAUCUUGUUCAGGUUGACGCGUUAGAGGGACUGAAGGAGGACCGAGAGGAGGUUGCGAAGACUAGGAUACCGACCCCAGACCGAGGAAUAAUCCGCCUCCCUCGGUCAAAGGCAGUCCGAUUCGCUCCCCAAACCGAGUUACGGGCCCAGCGACCCUCGACCCCGCCGACUACCACGUUGCCGUCUGAUGACUUCCAGCUCCAGGGGCGGACUUUCCGCGAUCAACCGAUCCUUGAGGCCGACCUAGGGACGAGGAACGAUUUCCACCUGAUCGUAGGACUUAUCUGGAAGCCCAGAGGACUGGAUCCCGAUAUUGCACUUAAGGCUUCUCGUCUUAUGUACCCGAAGCCAGUUUCCCUACGAGUUCAGGCCGACGUAGAGCGGCGAGACCACCUUUGGGAAGAAGCAGAAAGACAGGACCAGGAAGAAGACGGGGCCACGAGCACCAUCGGCCCACGGCAACAUCGUCCACGGUACUCUACUCAUCGAGGGGAUGACCUGGGGAAGAUGAACCGAGCACUGGCGGGCAUCGAGUGGAGAGACCCCUGCCAGAAGGAUAUCAGGCCACGGUACCAACGGAGGGCGCAGGAUCUCGAUAUACUGAUGAUUUCGGCACCAGCAUUCCACGCAGGUAUCCGUCGCAGGAAGGACCAUCGGCAUGCCUACGAAGAUGUGACUUUCCUCAACCUUCACAUGAUCGAUAAGGCGCUCGGGGAAAGGGGCGAGCAGGAUAACCAACAGGACGAGGACGACCGUUUCCUCGCAGAAAAGCUACCUCCAGAGCUCGCAGACCUAGCCGACGUGUUCUCCCGCGAGGACAGCAAUAGGAUGCCUCCGUCCCGCCCAGGGGUAGACCAUAAGAUCGAACUAACAGGGCCUGCUGCGUUACGAACGCACCCAUUGUACAGCCUUAACCGCGAACAGCUGGAGACUAUGAAGGAGUAUUUACAGGAUAGUCUCCAGAAGGGCUUCAUUGAGCCAAGCAGCGCACAGUUCGGAUCCCCUCUAACUAAGAAGGAUCGGUACCCUAUCCCUCUUAUUAGCGAGACCCUAGACCGCAUUGCGAAGGCGAAGAUAUUUACGAAGCUAGAUAUUAGGCAGGCGUUCCACCGGAUCCGGCUCGAACCGGAUUCAGUCGAACUAACCGCCUUCCGCACGCGUUACGGCCAGUUCCACUACAAGGUCCUUCCUUCGGGUUAUGCAACGGGCCUAACCCCACGAUGCAAAAAAGAGCUGCAGUCCUUCCUCGGAUUCUGCAACUUCUACCUCCUCGUCCACUUCAUAGAGGACCGCGAGACGAAGCUAGAGACUGACGCGUCGGAUGGGGUUAUCGCGGGCGUGCUCUCACAACUAGCGGACGAUGGACAAUGGCACCCGGUCUCGUUCCUUACGAAAACGAUGAACGCAGCGGAGUGUAACUAUGAGAUACACGAUAAGGAGCUCCUGGCUAUUAUCAUCUUCACCGACCACCAAGCCCUCCAGUACUUCGCUACAAAGAGGAUGCUAAACGCACGGCAAGCUCGAUGGAUCGAGACCCUUGCUAUGGUUGGAUUCGAAAUCCACUAUCGCCCGGGCAAGCAAAACGUCGUCGCCGACGCUCUUUCCGCAAGGCCCAGGACUUUGCAGGGGCACGACGGGAGGGCUGCUAUAGCCGCAGGCGCCGCAGGCGGAGACGACCCUACUAUUGCCAUAUAUACCCCGGUUCCGCAAGACAAGCCGAGACCCCAAACUCUAGAGAUGGGCAAACCGGGCUUCACCUCGCUACGCUCCGAAAGGAGCAAGCAGAGAUACCAGACUCCCGGUUCCAAGUCCAGAGUGGCCUCCUCUGUUACGAUGGACGACUAG